AUUUUACAUAAAACAGAAGAGGGCGGACAUAUAUUUAAUAAAAAUAGAAACAUAACCCAAUUUUUUAUGAUAUUUGCGACUUCCUUUUCCUUUUGAAAAUCCAGACUACAGUUGUAAGGAUUUAAAACCAUGCCGCCAAAAUUUGACCCGACUGAAAUUAAAUUAGUUUACCUCCGCUGUGUUGGUGGUGAAGUGGGAGCUACAUCAUCGUUGGCUCCUAAAAUUGGUCCACUUGGUUUAUCACCAAAGAAAGUAGGUGAUGAUAUUGCUAAAGCCACAGCAGAUUGGAAAGGAUUAAAAAUUACAGUUUGUUUGACUAUUCAAAACAGGCAAGCUGCCAUUUCUGUGGUGCCUUCAGCUGCAUCGCUUAUCAUUAAAGCGCUAAAAGAACCACCAAGAGAUAGAAAAAAAGUAAAGAAUAUUAAACAUAAUGGCAACGUGUCUUUUGAUGAUAUUUUACAAGUUGCAAGAACCAUGAGACCAAGAUCAAUGGCUCGUGAACUUUCGGGCACAGUAAAAGAAGUUUUAGGAACUGCUCAGAGUGUUGGGUGUACAAUAGAUGGUCAACAUCCCCAUGAUGUUAUAGAAAGCAUUAACAAUGGAGAAAUUGAAGUUCCAGCAGAAUAAAUAUAUUAAAACUUAUAUUUAAAUUGAA